UUUGCUACGUAUUUUAUCCUUAGUUAGAAUUUACUUUGUUUCGAUUUCAACCGGCCAUGACCGUGGAGCAGAAUGUCCUCCAGCAGCAUUCUCAGAAGCACCAGCAGACACUACUGAACCAGUUGAGAGAAGUAACUGGAACCACUGAUGUCCAGCUGUUACAGCAGGCCCUACAGGUCAGCAAUGGUGACCUAGCGGAGGCGGUGGCCUUUCUGACGGAGAAGAACACCAAGGUCCCUCAGCAGGAGGAGGCCACGUAUUACCAGACCGCCCAGAUGGGGAACGACAGAUACAUCAGCGUGGGAAGUCAGGCUGACACCAACGUGAUCGAUCUGACAGGAGACGACAAGGAUGACCUUCAGAGAGCCAUCGCCCUCAGCCUGGAGGAGUCCAACAGGGCCUUCCGCGAGACCGGCAUCACCGACGAGGAACAGGCCAUCAGCAGGGUUUUGGAAGCGAGCAUCGCGGAGAAUAAGGCGAGUCUGAUACGGACCCAUACGGAAGUGUGGAGCGAUUCGCCGAAUCCCUACGACAGGAAGAGGCAGGACAACUGUCCGGUCGGCCUGAAGAACGUGGGAAACACGUGCUGGUUCAGCGCCGUCAUCCAGUCUCUGUUCAACCUGCUGGAGUUUCAGAGACUGGUUCUACACUACUCUCCUCCUGCACGGGUACAGGACCUGCCCCGCAAUCAAAAGGAGCACAGGAACCUGCCUUUCAUGCAGGAGUUAAGGAAUCUCUUCUCGUUGAUGGUGGGAUCCAAGCGAAAGUACGUGGACCCUUCCAGAGCCGUGGAGAUCCUGAAGGAUGCCUUUAAGUCCUCUGAAUCUCAGCAGCAGGAUGUUAGUGAGUUUACUCAUAAACUCCUGGACUGGCUGGAGGACGCGUUCCAGAUGAAAGCAGAAGAGGAGAGGGAGGGAGAGAAGACGAAAAACCCAAUGGUGGAGCUCUUCUACGGGCGCUUCCUGGCCGUGGGGGUUCUGGAAGGAAAGAAGUUUGAGAACACAGAGAUGUUUGGGCAGUACCCUCUGCAGGUGAAUGGUUUUAAGGAUCUGCACGAGUGCUUGGAGGCAGCCAUGGUGGAGGGAGAGAUCGAAUCUCUACACUCUGCGGAAAAUUCGGCCAAAUCUGGCCAAGAGCACUGGUUCACAGAACUCCCUCCGGUCCUGACCUUUGAACUGUCCCGGUUUGAAUUUAACCAAGCUUUGGGUCGACCUGAGAAAAUUCACAACAAGCUGGAGUUUCCCCCCAUCCUCUACAUGGACCGGUACAUGGACAGGAACAGGGAUAUCACCAGGAUCAAGAGAGAGGAGAUCAGGAGACUGAAGGAGCACCUGACUGUUCUGCAGCAGCGCCUGGAGAGGUAUCUGAGCUAUGGCUCAGGGCCCAAGAGGUUUCCUCUGGCUGACGUCCUUCAGUAUGCCAUGGAGUUCGCCUCCAGCAAGCCUGUCUGCACCUCGCCUGUCGAGGACAUUGAUACUGCAGCGCCCCCUGGUGGAACAGUAGCGCAGCUGCCACCUGCACCGAGGCAAGAAUCUCACCUCCCUCUUUCUCCUCCUCCUCCUCCUCCUCUGUACUCUGCUCUGUCGGAUCAGGGCCCGUCUGGUUCUCCAGAAGGUUCUGCCACUCAGGCUCAGCAGCGUGUCCCCAUCCACAAACCCUUCACACAGUCCCGAGUGCCCCCGGACCUCCCCAUGCACCCCGCCCCACGCCACAUCACAGAGGAGGAGCUGAGAGUGCUGGAGGGCUGUCUGCACCGCUGGAGGAGUGAGGUGGAGAACGACACGAGAGAUUUGCAGGGCAGUAUAUCAAGGAUCCACAGAACCAUAGAACUCAUGUAUUCUGAUAAAAGUAUGAUGCAGGUUCCGUAUAGACUUCAUGCUGUUCUGGUACAUGAGGGCCAGGCCAAUGCGGGUCACUACUGGGCCUACAUCUACGACCCACACCACCGGUGCUGGAUGAAGUAUAACGACAUCUCCGUCACAAAGUCGUCCUGGGAGGAGCUGGUCCGCGACUCCUUCGGCGGGUACCGCAACGCCAGCGCCUACUGUCUAAUGUACAUCAACGACAAAAAACCCUUUCUCAUAGAAGAGGAGUUUGAUAAAGAGACAGGCCAGAUGCUGAGUGGUUUGGACAAGCUUCCUCCUGACCUGAAGGAGUAUGUGAAGGAGGACAACCAGCUGUUUGAGCGAGAGCUGGAGGAGUGGAAGGCCCAGCAGGAGAAGCUGUCUCUGGCCGCCACCGCCGCCGCUCGGGAUCCUGAGUACAUGGAACAGCCUUCGCCCACGGACGACUCCAAACGCCUCCAGGAGGACACAGAGAGGGCCAUCUCCAGGGCCGCCACCGAACAGGACCACAAGAGCCCUGAGGCACUGCUCAGUGCAGUAAGAACACACACACAAACACAUCCCCCUGCCCAGCGGGUGGUUGAAGUGGCCAUUCCUCAUGUAGGAACCUUCGUCAUAGAGUCAGAGGAGGGGGGAUACGAUGAUGAGACGAUGAUGACUCCCACCAUGCAGGGUAUCAUUAUGGCCAUUGGCAAAUCCAGGAGUGUCUAUGACAAAUGUGGGCCCGAGGCUGCCUUCUUUAAGGCAAUUAAACUGGAGUACACUCGUUUGCUGAGGUUUGCUCAGGAAGACACUCCUCCUGAGAGAGACUAUCGGCUCCAACAUGUCAUCGUUUACUUCAUCCAGAACCAGGCGCCCAAGAAGAUUCUGGAACGAACUCUGCUUAUGCAGUUUGCUGACAGGAACCUGGAAUUUGAUGAAAGAUGUAAAAGUAUCAUGAACGUGGCACGGGCAAAACUAGAUCUCAUUAAGCCAGAAGAAAUCAACAUGGAAGAGUAUGAGAUGUGGCAUCAAGAUUAUAGAACUUUCCGGGAGACUACGAUUUUUCUGAUGCUUGGCCUGGAGCUAUUCCUGAAGAAGAGCUUUGUGGAGGCUUUGAUGUACCUGAUCUACGCCUAUCAGUACAACAAAGAGCUUCUGUCCAAAGGCCCGUACCGAGGUCACACCGAGGAGCUGAUCGCUCAUUAUCGCAGAGACUGCCUGCUAAAACUGAACGAGCAUGCCGCUGCCUUGUUUGAGACUGGGGAGGAGCCAGAGGUGAACACUGGCCUAAACAUCAUGAAUGAGCUGGUGGUGCCGUGUAUCCCCUUACUGCUGGUGGACGAGGUGGAGGAGAAAGACAUCGUUGCAGUAGAGGACAUGAGGAACCGUUGGUGCUCCUACCUUGGACAGGAGAUGGGAUCUAAUCUCCAGGAGAAGCUGACCGACUUCCUUCCUAAGCUUCUCGACUGCUCGACUGAGAUCAAAAGCUUUCACGACCCCCCCAAGCUGCCCUCAUACUCCACGCUGGAGCUGUGCGAACGCUUCGGCCGGGUCAUGGCCUCCGUCAGCAGGACCCCCGCCGACGGCAGAUGAGCGGCGAGGCCCCGCCCCCCCCCCAUCACUCUCGUUCAUGGACUUCGUACAGCCCAUGCCUUCCUUAAGCCAGGGGUCGCUCUAGCUGUUACUCCUUCGUUUCUCUUUGCUGCUAUAGGUUUUAUCAUUGUUAUAAUUGUUUAAUAUUAAUAUUAUGAUUAUUAUUUUGAAUUUCAAUCACAUUUUAAAGCUAAC